GGGAAGGGCCGCACCUGACGCGGCCCGUGAGGGCUGACCCCGCACGGGAAGCGCGAAUUUGGGAUGGCCGUGCUGGUGGUGCCCACGUAAAAUAGCAGCACAAAUGACUGCGAUGUGUGGAGAAGGGUUUGUGGGACUCUGCCAGCAGAGGGGACAUCCUGAAAAUGGGAUCAUUUUCACCUGACUCUCUCUGCAACAGCAUCUCCCAUCUGGCUGUCAAGUACCAAAGAAGCUUCCAGCACUACACGCAGCCCCUGGAACUCCCCUUCCUCCUGGGCAGACCUUUGGAAGGAUUCCCCAUUUUGUGCCGUGCAGUUCCACUCCUGAUGCUCCAGAUCAGCUAGGAAUUGUGCUGUGCAGUUCCAAUCCUGAUGCUCCAGAACAGAAAACUGCUGACCAAGUGAAGUCUUCAGUGGCUUCUGGACACAGCUCUGAGUUUUGAACCUUUAGGAAAUGCAUUUACCACGGAGGAGGCGGCUACGGAGGAACCGAAUCCUUUUCUUGCUUGCCAUAGUGUUGGUCCUCUCUUUCUGCCAGCUCCAGUUCAGCCCCUCUGCCCUUCCAGCAUCACACAGAGCCCCCCAACCCACAGACCCUGCCAAAGUGACCUCCAGGGAGCUCCCCAGCAACAAGACUGCUGUAAGAGGCAAUGCCACAGCACCCAAAAUAAGGCACUGCAUCUACGUGGAUCCUGAGCCAGCUGUGCCCGUCACCACGUCAGUGGGUACAACACCACAGCAAGAAAAUGCCAGUGAAAGCUCCCCAGAUGAAAAACCACCCUAUGAGUCCAAAGGAGAAUAUCCCCAAGACCUGUUCAGUGUGGAAGAACGCAGGCAAGGGUGGGUUGUACUUCACAUCUUUGGCAUGAUAUAUGUAUUUGUGGCCUUGGCCAUAGUGUGUGAUGAGUAUUUUGUCCCUGCUUUGGGAGUGAUCACUGAGAAGUUGCAGAUCUCUGAAGAUGUGGCUGGAGCCACCUUCAUGGCAGCAGGUGGAUCAGCACCAGAACUCUUCACGUCCCUCAUAGGUGUCUUCAUCUCACACAGCAAUGUCGGCAUCGGUACCAUUGUGGGCUCAGCAGUGUUUAAUAUCCUCUUUGUCAUUGGCACCUGUGCCCUCUUCUCGAGGCAGAUACUCCACCUGACAUGGUGGCCCUUAUUUAGAGACAUCACAUUCUACAUUGUAGACUUACUGAUGCUCAUCCUGUUUUUCCUAGACAGUGUCAUUGAUUGGUGGGAAAGCCUCCUUUUACUGACUGCCUAUGCCACAUACGUGUUCACCAUGAAACAGAACGUGUUCCUGGAGCAAUGGGUGAAGCAGGAGCUGAAAAAGAAGCUAAAUGCUGUGCAGGCAGCAUCAGCAGAGCAUAUGCAGAAGACAAGCAGGGCAGUUGUAGAUGAUGGAACAAUGAAGCCACCAGAUGGGAGGAAGCUGAAGCCUGGGCCAGCCCUGCAGCGGGGCAGCAGCUCGGCCUCCCUGCACAACUCCCAGAUGCGCGGCACCAUCGUCCAGCUCAUGAUCCACACCCUGGACCCCCUGGCAGAAGCAAAAUUUAAAGACAGGGUUGACAUCCUGAGCAACAUGGCCAAGGCCAAGGCUGAGACCCUGGAAGGACAAGGCUCCCAGCCAGAAGAGGGAAAGAAAGCACCAAGCAGCGUCCAGGUAACUCCUGCCAGUGACUCUGAGCCCAGCAAAGACACACAGAAGGGAGAUGUGCCACAGGAUGGACAGCCCCUGUCAAGCAGUGACACCUCAGAUGACAGCAGCUCUGAGAGCCAGGAGGACAGUGAUGGUGACAGCACAGAGGAUGAUGAAAACGAUGAGCCCUUAUCUCUGGAAUGGCCAGAAUCAAGGACAAAACAAGCAAUUUACCUUUUCCUCUUUCCCAUUGUCUUUCCUCUCUGGAGCACUCUGCCUGAUGUCAGAAACUCGGAAUCAAAAAAAUUCUUUGUCAUCACAUUUUUUGGAUCCAUCCUCUGGAUUGCUGCGUUCUCUUAUCUCAUGGUGUGGUGGGCUCACCAGGUUGGUGAAACAAUUGGGAUAUCAGAGGAAAUUAUGGGGUUAACCAUACUGGCAGCAGGCACAUCCAUCCCUGACCUCAUCACCAGUGUCAUCGUGGCCCGGAAGGGCUUGGGGGACAUGGCUGUGUCCAGCUCUGUGGGCAGCAACAUCUUCGACAUCACUGUUGGCCUGCCAGUUCCCUGGUUCCUUUUUUCUAUCUUCAAUGGCCUCAGCCCCGUGGCAGUCAGCAGCAAUGGUUUGUUUUGUGCAAUUGUUCUCCUUUUCCUCAUGCUCCUGUUUGUGAUUCUCUCUAUUGCUGUCUGUAAAUGGAAAAUGAACAAAUUACUGGGGCUCACUAUGUUUGCUCUUUACUUUGUGUUUCUGAUCAUCAGUGUGAUGUUAGAGGACAAGAUAAUAUCCUGCCCAGUAUCUGUAUGACAUGUGAACACUUCAAAAUGUCUGGGAGGAUCCAGCAACAUCAAAAGGGGGUUGAGGUAGCAGUUCUACUGAAAAAAAGCAACAGAAUUGUAACAAACUUACUGAAAAUAAGAUACCUUUAACAUGCUAAAAAAUAAAUCAAUUUUAACUGGUGUGUCAGCCUCUACUGUUUUUCUUUAGGAUCAGAACAGUAUUAAAUGACCAAUAUUAAAUAACACGCACUUAAGGCACUUGUGGAAAGGCAGAUACAAUUUAGGUGCAUCAAAUUUUCACUAUGGCUGGUCCUCUCAAGUUAAAGGAGCUGAUUUUCACCACAUAACAUUUACUUAUUAUAGGAAAUUUUCAGGAACAUGCUCUAAAUUAGUCAGUGAACUGCUCAAACUCCCCGAAAUCAAUGAAUUUUAGUUCAGUGGGAAGAGAA